ACAACAGAAAUUCUACAGAGAAGUGGUCUUCCGAUUCAUCCCCGGGCCACCACAAUCAAAAGCCCCUUUUCAUCUACGUUCCGCUUGGCCGCUUCCCAACCACACGUCACUGGUAAGUCGCGUAACCCACAAUGCACCCGCAACGCACACAGUAAGAGCUCAGCCAUUCUGCUUCAAACCUUACCGUCCAUCGCGUUGACCCUUAAGCCAACAGUCCAAUCAUCACCGUCCAAAUCAAGACUUAGCCUCCGUUGCGUCUCUACACAACCGCCGCUCCUGAUCCGGCGCUGGUCCAGGUACUACACCAGACCAGAACCCAACUUGCAGUACAGAACUGAAGACAGGAGAAAAUCCAGAAGUCCAGAGAGAGAGAGAGAGGGUUGAGUGGAGUUGGAUUGCCAUGAACGCUUGCCCGGCGAUCGAUCGUCGGAGUCGAGAUGAUGAACAACAGCUACGGCAACGGCGUGAUGUCGUCUUCGUCGUCUGCUAACGCUCAAUCUGCGACGCUCAAGACUUACUUCAAAACCCCUGAGGGCCGCUACAAGCUCCAUUACGAGAAGACUCAUCCCUCCGGUCUCCUUCACUAUGCUCACGGCAAAUCCGUCUCUCUGGUAACACUAGCGCAUCUCAAAGAAAAACAGGCGCAGGUGCAACCAGCUCCGAGUACGGGCUUGAGUGCUAGUAGCAGUGUAAGAUUUGCGGCAGUGAAGUUUUUAAGCGGUGGCAACGGCAGCCGAGCACUUGGCUUUGUAGGAGGGAAUGGCACCAGUAAAAGCGUUGGUGGAACUAACAGAAGUUGUCCAUUAGGAGUGUCAAGUAGUAAUAAUUCACUGAUAAAUUCGAAUUGUGAUGGCAAGGGGACUUACCUUAUAUUCAAUGUAGGGGACACCAUUUUUAUUAGUGAUUUUAAUUCGCAGGAUAAGGAUCCUAUAAAAUCAAUACAUUUUAGCACGUCGAACCCUGUGUGUCAUGCAUUUGAUCCAGAAGCUAAGGAUGGGCAUGACCUGCUCAUUGGAUUGCAAACUGGGGAUGUGUACUCAGUAUCUCUAAGACAGCAAUUACAAGAUGUGGGGAAGAAGCUUGUUGGUGCUCAGCAUUAUAACAAAGAUGGUUCAGUUAACAACAGUCGAUGUACUUGUGUUGCAUGGGUUCCUGAAGGCAAUGGUGCUUUUGUUGUUGCUCAUGCUGAUGGAAACUUGUAUGUGUAUGAAAAGAGCAAGGAUACAACUGCCGAUUCAACGUUCCCAUUUCUCAAGGACCAAACUCACUUUUCUGUUUCUCAUGCACGGUCCAGUAAGAGUAAUCCUAUUGCUAGAUGGCAUAUUUGCCAAGGUUCUAUUAAUAGCAUCACUUUCUCAGCUGAUGGGAUAUAUUUGGCAACCGUCGGUAGAGAUGGGUAUCUACGGGUGUUUGACUACUCAAAAGAACAGCUAAUAUGCGGUGGCAAAAGUUAUUAUGGCGCUCUUCUUUGUUGCGCAUGGAGCAUGGAUGCAAAAUACAUUUUGACUGGUGGUGAAGAUGAUCUAGUUCAAGUUUGGAGUAUGGAUGAUCGGAAGGUAGUGGCGUGGGGCGAGGGGCACAAUUCAUGGGUUAGUGGGGUAUCGUUUGACUCGUACUGGUCAUCACCAACUUCUGAUGGCACAGGGGAAAAUGUUGUGUACCGGUUUGGUUCUGUUGGUCAGGACACGCAGUUGCUUUUGUGGGACCUGUCAAUGGAUGAGAUCGUAGUGCCACUUCGCCGCUGUCCACCAGGUGGCUCCCCCACAUUUAGCGGUGGAAACCAGUCGUCUCAUUGGGACAGCAUUUGCCCAGUUGGCACGCUUCAACCUGCUCCAAGCAUGCGGGAUAUUCCCAAGCUCUCCCCUGUUGUUGCUCACCGUGUCCACACUGAACCUCUGUCUGGCUUAGUUUUCACUCAGGAGUCUGUUCUCACAGCAUGUCGGGAAGGGCAUGUAAAGAUUUGGAUGCGACCUGGAUAUUCUGAAAGCCAGCCAAGCAGUACUGAAUCUCUUUUGAGUAUGAGUUCAAAGGAGAAAGUGUUACUGCAGAGCAAGGUUGGCAGCUCGAGUUACAAAUGAUCAAAAGUUAAUAGUGCCAAACCAACACGCUUUUCUUCAGAGCUGAAUCCGUAGUUUGCAGAUAUGACUAUUUAUGCCUGAUGCAUCCAGUUGGCUCCUUCCAACCACCACCAAACUUUGUGCAAUUGAUCCCCCGUCUAAUUCACUGUAAUGGUACGAUGAGUUUGAUCAACUGGUUUUGCUGUAUAUCGUCAUGGGUGGCUUUCAGUAAUGGCAGAGAGAAGUGAGAGAUGCACAAGUAAUACACAGUAGCAAAUUUGUUGCUGCAAUAUUUCUUUACUGUAGGUAAGAAAUAAUAGAAGUUGCUUCCCAAAAGAUUCUGUAAAGUACCUUUGAACCCCAUAUGAAAAUCUCGUUUUGUUGGAAAAUCUGACAUUGAUUGCAGUUAAUAUAUACAAUAGAUGCACAUUUUUUUGUCAAA